AGAGCUUCAGACUUUCACUACGCAUUACCACUACCGUGGCUAUUUCCAGACUACCUUGACGGAGUACCCGCUAUGCACACUCAAGUAUUUAGUAUAAGAAACUAUACUAGGAUUGAUUCAAAGGGAACCCCGACAUUUACAAUGUUCAUCAAUAUUCCAAAAUCAAUUAGUGAAGGGGUCAGGCAAAAGUGGCAAGAAAUUGUUCAGCAUCGCCCAAAAUAUUUUAUGCAUCCACUAUAUGAUCAUCAUGAGAUUUUUCAACAGAGCCUACACAAAUUACGCCACGACCUGGUAAAUCUUCAAUUAGCACAAUCAUUCCUUGCGGAGCAAAGACUCGAGAUGCACAUUAUGAGCACAGAGACGAAUAUAGAUGAGACGAUGCGAGAUUCACAUUCCUUUACUAAAUUGAUCAUACAAUAUCAGUUUUCUUUGGAAGUAGUGCAGAAAACAGUUCUUAACCUUCACGAAGAAUUGGAAAGCUUCAAGCAUCAUCUUCAAGGCGACCCGUCAUCGAAUGAGACUGAAGAAUACAUGCGAGGUAGGAUCGCUUAUCCCUUGUCGGAGAUUUGGAGUCGCAAUAUAACGAGACAAUUUUGCAUUGUUCAAAGUAAACUGAAGGAUAUAGCUGAGGUCCAAGGUGUAACACAAGCUUCUGUUUUAUCAUACAUAGCUCAACGAGACAGUGGUGCUCUAGCACAUAAUACGGAACAGAUGGCGCACAUGGCGAAGGUCACGGAAGUAUCAGGCCAGGAAAUACAUGCCAUGACGAGAAGAAUGGAGAACGAUGCUCGACAAAUGAAGUUUCUAGCUGAAAUCACGGCAUUUUUUCUACCCCUGACAGCACUUGCCGUAAGUUUCAUCUAAUGGUUAUGUUAUAUCUGCUAUACUUGGCUUGCUAAUCAUGUCUGGUAUAACAGACCUUUUUUAGUAUGGAUUUUGUUUCGA